CGGGUUCUACAAGAUAGUCGCGUAUGAUAUCUCCUAGCAACCAGGCUGCACAGCCCGUUAGCCCCGCCCCGCCGCAUCUCAGCCUAUCAGAUUGAAGGCGGCCUGAGAGGCGCGCUUUACGGUAACCCGUCUCUGGCCGAAGCGGAGAGCGGCUGCUGGCUGUGACUGAACGGAGAAGACGAGCCGCCGCCAGCCAACAGCAGCAUGGAGCAGCCGGAUGAUCCUUCGCUGGAGCGCCAUUUUAAAGGCCACAGAGACACCGUGACGAGUGUGGACUUCAAUCCUAACAUGAAGCAGAUAGCCAGUGGUUCCAUGGAUUCGUGUGUCAUGGUCUGGAACAUGAAAGCGCAGAUGAGAGCUUAUCGCUUCGUCGGCCAUAAAGACGCUGUAAUGUCUGUGGAGUUCUCGCCCUCCGGUCAUCUCCUCGCGUCGGCGUCCAGAGACAAAACCGUGCGCCUGUGGGUCCCCAGCGUAAAAGGAGAAUCCACGGUGUUUAAAGCCCAUACCGCCACGGUGCGCAGCGUCAGUUUCUCCGGCGACGGACAGUCUCUGGUCACUGCCUCUGAUGACAAAACGGUGAAAGUGUGGACAGUUCACAGGCAGAAGUUCCUCUUCUCCCUGAACCAGCACAUAAACUGGGUGCGCUGUGCCAAAUUUUCCCCCGAUGGAAGACUUAUUGUGUCCGCCAGCGACGACAAAACCAUCAAACUGUGGGAUAAGACCAGCAGAGAGUGUAUCCAUUCAUUCUGUGAACACGGCGGGUUUGUGAACUUCGUGGACUUUCACCCCAGCGGGACUUGCAUAGCUGCCGCAGCUACUGAUAACACGGUGAAGGUCUGGGACAUUCGCAUGAACAAACUCAUCCAACACUACCAAGUGCACAGUGGGGUGGUGAACUCUCUUUCCUUUCACCCGUCUGGGAAUUAUCUCAUCACAUCCUCCAAUGAUUCCACACUGAAGAUUCUGGAUUUGCUGGAAGGACGGUUGUUAUAUACACUUCACGGUCAUCAGGGAGCAGUUACCUGUGUCAAAUUCUCAAGAGAAGGAAAGUACUUUGCCUCUGGAGGAUCCGAUGAACAAAUAAUGGUUUGGAAAACUAACUUUGACUCCACCACCUACGCCGACCUCCUGAAGCACAAACUGCGGGACACGUUCGUGAACGGCGCAGAAGCCAAAACAAGCUGUCUGCGCAAUUCAACGCAUCCGCCUUUCUCGAAUGAUCCGAUAUAUGAGCCUUCGCUGCAAGCUCCGCAUAGCUCUGCGGGGAGUGUGGAGGACAGAAGAAGCCCGGUACCACCUAAGCCCCUCUCCCCUCACCGUCCGACACCACCAGCAGAGGCCUAUAACCUACACAACGUAGCCAAUACGUUGGAACACAUCGUUGGACAGUUGGAUAUCCUCACUCAGACUGUAGCGAUUUUAGAGCAGAGACUUUCUCUCACCGAAGACAAACUGCGAGAAUAUGUACGAAGAGACGAGACCUUCUCUCACCCGCAGUGACCCCAGCAGAUGGGAACUGUGGGACGGGUGACGCUGUAUGAGUGUUUUUGUUUUAUUGUUUUUUUUAAAAAUUGUUAAUAUAAUUUAUUUUAAUAAACCAUUUGUAAUACUA